UAUCUGCUUUGCACACAAAGUUGUCACCGCAAAGCUACAGCGCUACACAUAUGACUCUCUGUGUAGCUUCCUGUGAAGAUAGGUCUUCCUGCUCUCUGUCUCUCAGUCUCUACCCCACGCUUUAACCUCAGUCGACAGUCUACGCUCUCUGUCUUGGCUGAAUCCCUCUAUGGAGUCAGCCCAAUUGGUCGUAAUGAGUUUGAGGAGCUCAGACAUGGCUAGAGGUGCCCUGGGAACAGCCUUCUCUCUCCUGCUCCUUGCCUCAAGUAUACAAGGGCUCCCGGAUGUUGAGGUGUUCCAUUAUGAAAGGAUGGAUGCAGUAGUGGGCCAGAACGUUACCUUGCCCUGCAUUGUAAAAAACAGUCCGACUCUCACGAUUGUCAGCAUUGAAUGGAGGAAGAACAACAAACAUAAAAACUCAAAGGUGGCUCUGUACAGCCCAGAUCGAGGAUUCAAUCUAUUUUGGCCUAACGUCACCAUGCAGAUUGAGAAGGCGUCGAUGGGCUCCCAUCUUCAACUUUACGGGGUGACAACACAGGACAGCGGUAUCUAUAUUUGUGACAUUUCAAGUUUUCCUCAGGGCUCCAUUUCGAGUGAAACAGUGCUCGAGAUCAAAGAUGACGUUAUUAUAAUGUGUGAUGUGGAUAGAGCAGUCGAGGUCCAUUCUGCAGAAAAUGUGACCAUUAAAUGCAAACUCUUCCCUGAUGCAAAGUACAAAUGGACCAAGAACAAGACGCUGGUGUCAGAGAAUGAAUCUCUGGAGCUGUGGUGUGUGGCUGAUGCUCAUGCAGGGGUUUAUACACUGAGUGUCAACACAGGAAACAAAAGUCUGCAUAAAGAGUUCAUCAUCACGGUGCUAACAGCAACCACAAGCUUAAGGACAGAUCUUGCGACAGUGCCACCACAGUCUAAUGUAACUGAGGAGGGUUUGAUCGAAUCAGCAGACAGCAGCCUUACCACAUCACCGACCACUGGGCUUUCAACAACUGACGCCAAUGUAGCUUCGACCAUGAAUAUGAGCACUGAUGUAAAAGAUGAUAAUCCAAACUCCAGAAAUACCACAGCUGAAGAGCAUAUGACCCCUUUAACAAAUUCUACACAUGUCAGUGUCACGUUAUCCCCUAUCACACACACUGAACCCAAUCACUUUAACAGCUCCAAUGAUCAGGAGAUAAACCCAACAUCAGUGGCCAGCAAUCUAUCCACAACAUCCAGUUAUGGUAAUGAGGUUUUCAGAUCAACAUACGGGACGAAGAAUGAGUCUAUGGAAGGCAAUCCUGAUGCAGCCUCGACUCUGAGCACUGGAAAUACAACGAUAGUCAUUGAGGGUGAAGGUGACACAUUUGAUCCAGGUGCUGGUGGUGCACAGAGUCAUCUGUUGUGGUUAUUCAUCGUUCCAAUCCUGGUAUUGAUAGCUGCGGCUGGCUUUCUCUGCUUCAGACGAAAAAUGAGGGAGAGGAUGAAUCUACCGCCCUCGUUCAAACCCCCUCCACCUCCUUUCAAGUAUACAGCUGCAAGACACCAUGAGAUUUCAACACAGCCUAUCCCCACUUCAAGAUGUAACUCCGUGACAUAACUUAAAGAUAUGAAAGAAAUGUUUAUCAAUGUAUAAUGUCUCAUAUAUUUCCAAUGACAGUAGAUACAUUGCAAGUUAUUGGGGGGAUAUAGUGUGUGUGCUCUGUAUCCUAUUUUGGUUACAUGCAGAAUUACGAAGUGUAUCAUUUGCAGUUAUGGUCAGUUAAAACUGCAGUUACAAUACAGACAAUUGUACAAAUGUUGGCUUUGUGUGUAACUGGGUUGGGUUCUAUGCUUUUUUGUAUAAAGAGGUGUAAAAUCAUGUUUCUAUCAUUUGAAAAUGAAAGCUGAUUUAAUUUGACUCUGGGCAGCUGUGGCUCAGAGGUAUAACGGGUUGUCUUUAAGUCAGAAGAUUGGCAGCAUGGACACUUAACCCCACGUUGCUCCUCAAAGCUGUGCCUAUACGGUUAAAGAAUGGGUGUGAAUGGUUAUAGUUAUUCCUGAUAGGCAGGUGGCACCUUGCAUGGUAGGCCCUGCCAUCAGUGUGUGAAUGGGUGAAUGACAUGUAGUGUUAAAGCGCUUUCAGUGGUCAGAAAACUAGAAAUGUACUAUACCGUAGUCUAUUUACCAUUUAAAUUGACCUUGAGCAAUUACAUUGACGGUGCUUGUGUUACUUACAUUCUUUUAUGGUAUUCUUGCAAUAUUAUACAUGUACUGCAUCUUUCUAAUAAAGUCCAAGCAACUAUUAUGCAGCAAUGAAUAAACAUUGUAUUUCCAUCUAAACUCUGAACUAUAUGGCUGAUUUACUUUCCAAUUCUGUCUUUCAUCUCUUAUAGUUGCGAAUUAGGUUUUCUUGCCCAGAUGUCCAAUGAGUUGCUCUUAAUAUUUGCCGCUGUUUAGUGCUAAUGCAGCAAAUUGACAGACACAUUUAUAUCAAAGACCACUGUUGUCCACAUGUACCACAGAGUGACACUGGAGACUACAAAGUGGGACCUAAACCACAAACCACAUAGGCUAAAUGCCAUAACAGCCACUUGAUGCCACCUCUUACACACACACACACACAUACAUAC